AUGGCGGAUCCGAGCAUUCAUAGCGGUCCUGAACAAGUUAGAAGCACGCGUGGCAGGCCCGGGAGACGAGUUGUGGGCAAGAGGGCACCAGAGGAUGUGGCCAGCUCCGAGGUUUCCAAGAGACCAAGAAUCCAGGGCACGAGCACGGCUUGCGACAAGGAUUCCGAUAAGCGAGAAAUCAUGGAGCCCGCAAAGCCCGAGUCUGAGGCGAUCAGCUCCGCUGGAGCCACCAUGUUGCAAAGUGAUGGGUAUUCUUGCGAGCACUUCGAUGGCAAGAUUGAGAGGACGUUCUGCGCCCAUUGCGAUCGUAGAAUAUGGAGCUUGCGAUGCGGGGUAGACCGCGAGCAGGGUUGGCUUCACCCUGAGUGUUUUUUGGAAUGGUGCCCCUCCGCUCGCUGCACUCCGCCAGGUCUGGUAACCCAAUUUGCUAUGCUGAGCCCAUCUCAGCAGUGCUGCACUUUGCAGCUUUUGAACAAGGUGCACACGACGCCGGCAAAAGCACGCCAAUUACAGAUGGUGGAGACUGAGUAUUAUGAGGCACAAGACCUGCGCGAUGCCACUGCCGAAGAUGAACGGCUGGUCGAGCACGAGCAAGUCGUCUCCCAAUUGGCGGGGAAGUUUGCACUUGCGCAGCUGAUUGCGGCAAUGGGCGCCCGAAGCAGCAGUCAGCUUGAGAAUUCUGUCCAGUUGGCCGAAAAAGUGCUUGAUGCGCAGAACCCUGUUUUGGAGGAAGCGAAGCGCCAAGUCAGCAGCAUCGCAAGUUUGAAGCGAGCAUUGCUUAGCCAGAAAGUGUCCGACCUUGCAGAUGCCAUCGCUCAAGCGGAGGCCUGCGGGCUGCCGAGCAAGAUGACCGAAGCAGCAAGAGAUCAGCUCGCAAAAGAGACUGCAAAAGCAGAAGCCUUUCAAGAGCUUAAGUCUGCCCGACGAAGCCGCGACCCAGAGCGAAUGGCCAGCGCGUCAACAAGAGCUGCCAGUCUUGGCGUUGAGGCUCCAAACCUCAUUCUCGAGCUUGCUACAGAUGCAGCUUCGAUAGUGAAGGACAGGCGCAGGCGCUUGCAGUCGGAGGCGCGGAACGACUUGAUCCUGUGCUCAGAUUUGGACCCGGCUGUCAAGUCGGAAACCUUGAUCGUCGCGAUAAACCGCGCAACUGCAGCAGGGUUGAGCCCCGUUGACCUACACGAUGCCCACGUCAUUCUGGAUAAGAAAUUGCUUUUGGAAGAACUGUCGUUGGCGGUCCAUGAGGAGCGGACGUGCGACGUUCGAGCGCUGCAUGCACGGGCACAGCACCUGUGCCUUUCGCGUGAGUUGCUGCUUCCUGCUGCUCGUUUUCUGGAAAUCGAAGCGACAAUUGAUGAGGCGGUCGAGGCGAUCUUCACCCGCCCACGCCGACGUGACUGGGUUCCUGCCCUUCAGCGCCUCCGUCGACUUGGCGUGAACAACGCGUUGACGCACAUGGCAGAGCACUUUGGCCUUAUCGGCGACCCGUAA